AUGACGCUAAAACUCGCACUUUUUGUGGGCUUUGCUGUUUGUGGUGUCUUUGCCGCUCCUGGCGAGCAUCGUUUGGACUGUGAGCUCACUGAGCAAUCAAUAAAUGAGCAAGAAUGUCGCAAAAAAGAGUGCCUUUGGACGCCGUCCACUGUAGGGUCGCACAUUCCGUGGUGCUACUUGGACACUAGUAAAGUCGGAUAUCAUCUGAAAGGAUCAGUAAUUCAUCAAACGAGCGGCCUGGAAGCCAUUCUUGAAGUGAACCCUGAAGCGCACAAGUCAGUGCCAUUUGCGCAAGUUGAAAACUUGAAACUUGAAGUCCACUACUUGUCAGAGAGCAUUCUCAGAGUGCGAAUCACCGAUCCAAAGAAUAAACGAUACGAGGUGCCCAUUCAACAUGAGCUGAACAUUCCAAACACUAAUCCAAAAGUGACCAAAUACGACGUCUCUUUGACGGAAAAGUUCAAUUUGGUUGUCAGCCGAAAGGGCACCGGCACAAAGAUCAUCGAUACUUCAAUCGGAGGUCUAAUCUAUGGAGACAACUUUAUUCAGUUUGUCACUCAUGUGGCAACGGAAGACGUCUACGGAAUUGGAGAAAACUACCAAACUGAGUUUAAGCACAACUUCGACUACAAGACAUAUCCUCUAUUUGCUCGAGAUCGGCCUAUGGGAGAGAAAGAGCGCAACAACUAUGGAGUUCAUCCGUACUACCAUGUCAUUGAAAAUGAUGGCAAGGCACACGGUGUCCUUCUUUUGAACAGUAACGCCAUGGCCUAUACGAUGCUGCCAACACCUGCGAUUGCUAUUAAAACUCUGGGUGGCAUCAUUGAUCUCUUUGUAUUUGUGGGCGACAGCCCGGAGCAAGUGACUCAGCUGUACACUUCCGUCAUUGGAAAGCCGGUUAUGCCGCCUUUCUGGGGCUUAGGAUUUCAACUUUGCCGAUACGGUUACAAAAAUUUGGAUCAAGUGAAAAAUGUUGUCAAGCGAAAUCUUGAGCAUAACGUUCCAAUUGACGUGAAAUAUCUUGACAUUGACUACAUGGAUGAACGCCGUGAUUUCACCUAUGAUCCCGUCAACUUUAUUGGACUGCCUGAAUACAUCAAAGAGACUAAAGAGAAGAACAACUUUCGCUGGACGCUAAUCCUUGAUCCAGCCAUUGAAGGCGACAAGCCAGGGUACCGUGCAUUUGAUGAAGGCUACAAAAAGGACGUCUUUAUCAAGUGGCCAGAAUCGGUGCCGGCAUCACAGCGGACGAAACCUGGAAAUGCUCCAACUGAUAAGGGAGUCUUGUACGGCCAUGUGUGGCCUAAUGGUCCAGCAGCUUUUCCCGAUUUUUUCAAGAACGCUACCAAACAGUGGUGGGUAGAAAUGCACAAGGAGUUUCACAAAACACUUCCCUUUGACGCCAUUUGGAUUGAUAUGAAUGAGCCGUCCAACUUUGCUGCCAGCAAUAUCCUCCAGUGCCCCAAAAAUAGUUUGGCAAACUCUGUUCCAAGCCUUAACUUCAAAGAUAGCCUGGAAGCGGCGACACUCUGCAUGAUUGGCGUUCAAGGAGAACACGGUGAAUACCGACACUACGAUACGGGUGCUGACAUCUGCGGUUUCAUCGGCAACACUUCGCCAGAGCUUUGCCGUCGCUGGCUUCAACUUGGAGCCUAUUAUCCGUUUAGCCGCUCCCACAAUGCAAUGGGAAGUGAUGACCAAGAUCCAGGAUAUUACGUUGAGAAGGGAUACCCCGAGGUUACGAAGGCAGCCGUUGACUCACUGAGAACUCGAUACCAACUGCUGCACUACCUCUACACCAGCUUUUACCACUCCCACGCACAUGGAUCCACACUGGUGCGACCAUUCGCUCACGAGUUUCCCCAUGACCCGGCAGCUCGCCAGAUUGGCGACCGAUUCUUCCUUGGCUCAUCGAUUCUCGUCAACCCAUUCCUCUAUGAGCAUCAAACUAGCGUCAAGGCGUACAUUCCGAAAAACACUCAGUGGUACAAGCUUUCAGGCGAUUUCGUCACCAAAGUAGCGCCAACAACUGAGGUUGAAUUCACCGACAAAGAAUCGUCUGCUCCGCUUCUCUUCAAAGCAGAGUCCAUUCUGCCAGUGGUGGCCGAACACGCUCUGCCAAAACCCCUGAACAGCGCCAACCUUCGCAAGGUGCCCAUCGAGCUGUGGGUGCUGCCCAGUUCGACGGCAAUGGCCCACGGCACACUUUUCUAUGAUGACGGAGAAAGCAUUGACACCGUGAAGAGCGGCCACUACAACUACUACGAGUUCACUCUGCACCAGUGCCAGCUGACCAUCAAGGCACCCCACCGAGGAUUCCACACUCCGGCUGGCUCUGUGGACAUCCUCAAGGUGAGCGCCAUCAACAUUGCCGUGCCCAAUCCCAAGCACCAGACGUUCAAUGUGACCAUUGAUGGCGUCCAGGCGAAGCACAGCAUGGCCAAUCACAAGCUGACAAUUGAAACCAAUCUUGAUCUGCUCAAGAUGACCAAAGACGUCACCGUCAACAUAUCCGAUGGCACGCACACUUGCUUUAUUCUACAUUAG